ACAAGAAAGUGGAAGAAAGAUCCCUCCCGUUCUUAAAGUUCAUGUUGGGAGAGAACUUAUUGUGGGCCCUAAACCCUAUUCAUAUAUUUAAGAAGGUUAUCACCCCCCAUGCUAUACCAUUCAUUCACAAGCUCAAUCUUAGAUUCAAGUUUUUAAGAGAUAGAGAGAAGCUAAAAGAAAAAAAAAACCCACAUUCUGUACUUGAACUUAGUCCUUGCCAAAUCUUCUUAGUAAGAUCUUUUCUCAAAAUGAGGCCUUUUUUAGUUGUUUCUCUUCUGUUUUUGUCAACUCUUCUUGUUCACCAGGCUAAAGGAAUUCGCUUGGAAAAGGGAUUUAUGCAAGUUGAGCAUCAAAAACUCCAUGAUAAGGAAGAGAAGAGUUCGUUAAUAAACAGAAGUACUGGUGGUAUUGGAGAGGUUAUAAUCUGCAAAGAAGGACAUUGCACAGGAAUGAAUAGAAAACUGACUACUGUGAUUACCUCUGCUACUUCUACUUCUACCACCAGCACCACCUCCAAGAACAAGGAAAAUGGAGGAACUAAAGCUAACCCAAUGACAAAGGGAAUAUCAAGUAACGGAGAAGUUGGUGAGGAACAUGAGAAAUUCACCAUUAAUUCUUCACCAAAUUCUGAGCAUCAGGAGGUGACCCAUGAUAGCUUUGUCGACAUUAUGGACUAUUCUCCAGCAAAGAGAAAGCCUCCGAUACACAACUAAUGUUUGUAGUUACAAAAUUAGCAGCCAGCAGCUAGCGAGCUAGAGGAAGAAACCUUUUAGGACAAUAAAAAAAAAAAAAAAAAAGGAUAAAAAGUUUAACAGCAUUACAGAAAUGCUGCAGUUUUUUAGGACUAGGAAUGAGUUUCUGUACAUAGUUUAUUCCAUUAUCAUAGUAAUUUGAUUAUUUUUAUACUCUGA